AUGCCUCGAGGCGAGCUUAAUGUACGAGCCGCAUCUAGCGUUCCUGCGCAGAAUCCUCUUUAUCCAACAAAGAGAAUUGAGUAUUCGGAUACAGAUAUGCUCAGAAUUGAAUACCUCACAUCAGCGGAGGCAGUAAAACACCUGAUUCCUGAUGAUUUUGAAAUUGAGGACAAACCACUAGUUGGUGUGACAGCCGCUAAUUGGGGUUUCAGCCAAUUUGGAGCUUACUCAGAGCUCAUAACCACUGUCGAAGUGACGUAUCAGGGUAUCAAAUACGACUUUGGCUUGGAGCUGAUCUUGGAGAACGAAGCCGCCUUAUUCAUGGGUCGGGAACAGUUGGGGUGUCCAAAAGUCAUCGGAAGAGUUGUCUUCGACCCAACUACUACUCCAAGAGAUCCAGGCUUUCAACUAGGCCACGUUGAGCGGCCAGUCAGUCACAAAGUGAUACAAUUUGGCUUCAGGCCUGAAAGCAAAAUCCACGGGCUGCAAAAAAUGCCUGUCCCAGCAGAUCAGAAGCGGUUCCUGGUUCUGCGCAUAUUACCGAAUCUCCAUAAUGACAAGGAUCCGGUCGUGCGUGAAUAUGUGGCGAUCCAAAACAUUUGCACCGAAGGGGAAUUGUGGACAGGAACUGGCUCCAUAAACUACGCCCCCACCUCUCGCUUUCUCUUGACAACCCAGCUUCCGGUACUGGAAUAUCGCGAAUCUAUACUGCUGAGACACUCUGCGCAGUAUAUCUCUACCGAUUUCCAGACAUUUGAGCUCCCACCGAAGGCCGGGACUACACAGACUAACGGUAAAGUCAGUGGGAAAUAG